AUGGAUAUGACGACAGUGAGGGGGCAAUUCCCCGCUCUAAGUCAGGAGGAGCAGGUGUAUUUUGACAAUGCAGGUGGAAGUCAAACUCUCGGCAAAGCUAUUGACUCUAUACACAACUACUUGAGCGGAACUAACGUACAGCUCGGCGCAACUUAUGCGACCGGCAAAAAGUCUACAUCACUCUAUGAGAAGGGCUAUGAGGCUGCCGCAAAGUAUAUCAACGCCUCGCGUGAUGAGAUCGUGUUGGGGGCAUCCACCACUCAACUCUUCCGGAACCUCUCUUACACGCUGAACUUCAAUGCCGGCGAUGAAAUUGUCAUCUCUGCACUGGAUCACGAGGCAAAUAUUGCGCCAUGGGCUGAUCUGGCAGAGCGACAGAACUUGACCCUAAAGUGGUGGAAGUCUUCGACCAAGGAGCAACCAAAGCUGCUGGCCGAGGACUUAGAGGCGUUGCUAUCUGAUAAAACGAGACUUGUCACUUGCACGCAUGCUAGCAACAUCUUGGGGACGAUCCACGAUGUUAAGAAAAUCGCCAGCACGGCUCAUGCAAAGAACCCAAAUGCGCUGGUGUGUGUCGAUGCUGUGGCGUACGCGCCACACCGUAAGAUCGAUGUCAAGGAUUUGGGAGUAGACUUUUAUGCAUUCUCCUGGUACAAGGUCUAUGGCCCGCACGUUGGCAUGCUUUAUGCAAGCACACAAGCGCAAGAGCAGAUGCGGUCACUCGGCCACUUCUUCAACCCGCACAAGAAUCUCGAGAACAAGUUGGGAUUGUCUGCCUCCAGUUACGAAUUGGUGGCAGCCAUUCCCACCAUCACAGCGUAUCUAUCGGACAAGUGGACGGGUAUCGUGGAACAGGAGCAGCAGUUGCAGAAAACAUUGCUAGACUACCUGAACGGCCGCGAGGACGUCACCGUUCAUGGGGAGACGAACACAGACAGCGCAGUUAGAGUGCCGACGAUUAGCUUCACUGUCAAGGGUUGGAAAUCGCAAGAUCUAGUAGAAGCCGUCGAAAAGGGGUCGAAGUUUGGGUUUCGUUGGGGAUCAUUUUACUCGUACCGCUUAGUAGCUGAGUUUCUAGACCUGGGAAAGGACGGAGUCGUGAGAGUCAGUAUGGUGCACUAUAAUACAGUCGACGAGAUUCAAGCUUUCGUAGCCGCCCUGGAUAAGGUGUUGUCGGAAGCAAGCCAAUGA